AUACCUCUUCUCUUCCCAAAAAAAAAAAAAAGAGAGAAAAGUAUACCUCUGCUCAACGCCAGAGCCGACGAUAAGAUAAGCCCCCAAAAGCCCCACGCUUUCCCCAUCUCUCUCCUCCAACACCAUGGAGACCACACUACUCUCUUUCUCUUCCUCAAAGCCUUCUCCUUCCCAAACCCUAAUCCAGUUCCGCCCCGCAAAUCGAAUUUCCCUUUCUAAACCAUUCUACAAACCCAAUUCCCGCAGACCCAUCUCCAUCAAAUCCGCCAUUUCUCGCACCAAGAAAGAAGAAACUGUAGAAACCGUCAAAACACAGCUCGAGAACUGUCACCUCUUGGCAGCCAUUAAAUACACCGGCUUUACCGUUAAACAAUUCCAGGAAUUGAGGAGAACAUUGCCUGAAUCCUCCAAACUCCUCGUAGCAAAGAAUACUUUGGUGUAUAAGGCCAUAGAGGGUACCCAAUGGGAGGCAUUGAAGCCCUGCAUGAAGGGUAUGAAUGCAUGGCUUUUCGUGCAUAGUGAGGAGAUACCUGAAGCUAUUAAGCCAUAUAGGAAUUUCCAGAAAGAGAAGAAGUUGGAGAACAAUGACUUUACUGGUGCGGUUUUUGAGGGGAAGUUUUAUGGGCCUGGAGAUUUUAAACAGCUGGAGACAAUGCCGUCCAGAGGUGAGCUAUAUGCUAAAAUUUUGGGUGCCUUGCAGAGCCCUGCAAUGGGUUUGGUGGGUACCUUACAGGCGCCGGCCAGGGAUGUGAUUAUGGUGCUUAAGGCUUAUGUGAAGAAGCUGGAGGACGGGAGUGGUGGACAAUAGUGGAUGUACACAAUUCUGUUCUUGCAUCAGCAAACUUGUAUGUGGAAUGUUCAGCUGCUUAAACAAUUGCAGGAUCAUGUUAGAGGUAACACGGAUUCAAUGUUUUACUCUACCCUACCCAUGAGACUUCAUAGUUACCCCUAUUUUUCAUGUACUUAACUAUCUGUUUUAUUGCAUUGCUUUUCAUGAAGUAGUUAUCUUAUUAAAUUAGAUUUAUUAAAUAAAAAUACAGAAUCUGCUAACAGUUUAUUUCAA